UGACCUUCCCAUUGGUUAUCUGGGAAGUCUAUUCGGAUUGGCCCUUGGUCACCACGGAAACGCAUCCUUUAAGCAGUUAAAUCUCAACUGCUAUACCGUGUGACUCGUCCAUGGCUCUGAUAGAAGGGAUUGGAGAUGAGGUUACUGUCCUCUUUGGGCUACUUGUUCUCUUGCUCGUGCUGGUCUUGGCCUGGGUAUCCACACACACCAGUGAGCGCACACAUUUACCGUGGGCAUCGCCCUCAGGAGAGUCAGCGGGCAGCUCCCAGGAAGACGACCAGAGAGGUGACCCAUCUGAUGCCAUUAACUCUGUAAAUACUGAGCCAAGCCCUAGUGCCACUGCUGAGCCAGGAGAGGACGGCAGCACUAUACAGCUGCGGCUGAAGUUCCUCAAUGAUACAGAGAGACUGGUGACCGUUCAACCCUUGCACACCAUCGCACACAUCAAGAGGACACAUUUUCCAGGCCAGGAGCAGCGUGUUCGCCUAAUUUACCAAGGCCAGCUACUUCGUGAUGAUUCUCAGACAGUGUCUUCACUUCAGCUACGUGACGGUAGUGUGCUGCACUGCCACAUCUCCCAGUAUACUGCAGGGCCUGGUAUGGGGGGACAAGAGGUAGCCCAGGUCCCUUUGAAUAUUGGCAAUCUUCUGGUGCCAGUUCUUGGUUUAGUCUUGGGUAUGAUGUGGUACUGUCAGCUCCAAUAUCCCCACUUCUUCACCAGCACAGCCACCACCUGCCUUGGAGGACUCACGCUUCUUGCCAGCGCUUUUGCUUUUUCCUCGUAUCGCAGAUAGUGGUAAGGUGUCCCAGAGAUGUCUUCAGGGAAGUGUUUAUGCCCAGUCCUGCAGAUAGAAGGAUCCUCUCUCUACUCGCUGCUCAGUGGAAUGUCUAUUCUUGGUUAAAACUCUACAGGAAAAUCUCUUUUUGGACUCCAUAAUGAUGUCUGCUUCAAUGAGGUGUAGCAUAGGGGACUGAAUUACUCGGAUUCUAUUCUCCUUUGUCUUUAUACCCUCAGGGCCACCCCCACCCAUAUGUGACUCUCAGAAUACACAGCUGAUUGUACAACCGACAUAUUCAGAGCCACAAACCCUAUUCUCUAUUCACCUGCAGAAUCAUACACAAGAGAGUAACAGGAGAGGAUAGAAAAUAAAAUAUCAAAUGAUAAAAA